AUGGCUAAAAUACAAUAUAGUUUUAUAUUCUUCCUCUAUAUCAUAAUAAAAUGUAAUGGCGUUAACGUUGAUAUAAUAUCCAGUGACCUAAAACUAAAAAAUGUCGAUCGUAACAUUGAUAUAUCAUCACAAUUAGUGAAAAUUACAUCGAAAAUAACCUUGGAGAACACAGGACGAGCGCCGGUAAAAUAUUUCUUGUAUGCUGCAGAAAGCGUAACAAAGGACAAUUUGGCUUUUGUGGGUUUUAAAGACAACAACAAUAAAGAUUUGCGCUUAGUCGAAACUUCUGUUAAAGGUUACGAUGACGUAAAAUUUUGGCGAGUUGAAUUGAAAGAAGCUGUUAAUGCUGCUUCUACCGUUGUGGUAAUGGCUGAAGCAGUUUUGACUAAAGCGCUGUUACCGUAUCCAACUGCUAUCACUCAGCAAGAAGACCAACUUGUAAAAUUUAAUGGCAACCUUUAUUUCUUCUCUCCAUAUUAUGUUGCAUCACAGAAGACAACUGUGAUCGUUAACACGAAAAGUGUGGAGUCUUUCACAAAGGUAAAACCAUUCUCUCAACAAGAUGGUACUAUUUCAUAUGGACCUUAUUCUAAUAUAGGGCCAUUUACAGAAAAAGAACUUAGUAUUCAUUAUAAAAAUAAUUCACCCUUUUUAACUGUAACCCGUAUUGAAAGACUAAUUGAAGUUUCACACUGGGGAAACAUUGCAGUUGAAGAGACUAUUGAAAUUGAGCAUACUGGUGCAAAACUUAAGGGACCCUUCUCGCGGUAUGAUUACCAACAAGAUCAUCACAGUGGCCCGGCUAGUGUUCGCUCUUAUAAGACCCUACUUCCAGCAUCAGCAGCAGAUGUAUAUUACAGGGACACGAAUGGAAACAUUUCAACUUCAAACAUGAAAGUUAAAAAGGAUACUGUAGAAUUGGAUCUCAGGCCAAGAUACCCACUAUUUGGAGGUUGGAGAACUCAUUAUACUCUUGGCUACAAUGUGCCGAGCUAUGAAUAUUUAUACCAUUCUGGCAAUGAAUAUCUGCUGAAAAUGAGAGUUAUAGAUCACAUUUUUGAUGACAUGCAAGUUGAUGAGUUAAUUACAAAAAUAAUUUUACCUGAGGGCUCAACAAACAUUAAACUCAACAUCCCUUACCCCGUUUCGAGGUUGCCUGAUAAUUUGCACUACACUUACCUAGACACAAAAGGUCGCCCUGUAGUAUCAUUCACGAAGAGAAAUGUUGUAGAGAAUCACAUUCAAGAUUUCCAACUUCGCUACACAUUCCCUCGUCUUCUUAUGUUACAAGAACCUUUAUUAGUUGUAGGGUUCCUUUAUAUGCUAUUCCUUUGUGUUAUUAUAUACGUAAGGUUAGAUUUUUCCAUACACAAGGCUGAACAUCCUCAUAAAGAUUAA